AUCUUCAGCUGGUGGUUAAUCGUAAUUUCCGUGUGGGUUAAGGAAGGCAUGAUCUGGAGAAUUCUUUCAGGAGAAAAAAGUCCGGAAUGGCACUAGGCCAGGGUCAGAAUUUCAUCUUGUGAUUAUGAAUGACAUUAGCAGUGAAAGCACAGAACCAAACCUGUACGGUUAAAGGGUCCAUAUUCUACGCUCAUCUGAAUGUUGCUGUUGUGAACCCUAGCCCCUCUGCGUACAAUGGCAGGACACAGACUAUCCACAGUCCUCUGUGGAUGGCCUGCCUCGACAAGAUCCCACCAAUUGGGGCUGGGCACCAGACCCCUCUUUGCUCUUGCACCUGAUCUGCGGUACCACUGCCCCCGAAACCUUCUAUUUCGUGGGCAGCGCUCUCAAACUACCAACACGGGCACAGCAGUGGCACCUAGGCCAGGGUUUGUGUCCAGACCAGUGUUAAAGACUAGGCGACGAUUGGUAUGGUUGGUUGCAGUGUUGGGCUCCACUGUCUUGGGAGGAGUGACGUAUUUGAGGAGUGACCCAGGACAGCGGAGAAGGUUUGGCCUUCUGGUGAACGGCAUUGGAAGGUUCUUGUAUUCAGCAUCUGUUGGGUUGACGAUCUCCCUCGACUACUGGUGGUCACUGCGGGGAGUGGACGAGGGCCAUCCCGAGUACAGCACCCUCUGGGCCGCCUGCCACCAGCGGGCCGCCGACCGUCUGUUCUAUGGCUGCAUCAAGUGCGGUGGCUUGUAUGUCAAGCUGGGCCAGGGCUUGGCCACGAUAAACCACAUUUUGCCAAAGGAGUACGUCGAGACGCUGCACGAGCUGGAAGAUUGCGCAUUGGUGCGUCGUCCCAAUGAGCUGAACAGGCUCUUCAUGGAAGACUUUGGGACCACACCUGACAAGCUCUUUGCUGAGUUUGAUGAGGAGCCGAUUGCGGCUGCCAGUCUAGCCCAAGUGCACAAGGCAGUCACCCACGACAACCAGACCGUGGCUGUGAAGGUGCAAUACAUUGAUCUGAGAGAUCGUUACGACAGUGAUAUACGGACACUGAAGUUACUGCUAGACCUGAUUGGCUGGAUGCACCCCUCCUUCAAUUUCAAAUGGGUACUUCAGGUUCUCAAAGACGACUUGAAGUGUGAGCUAGACUUUGAGCACGAGGGAAGGAACGGAGAACGCUGCCAACAAGACCUCAAGCACCUCAAAUUUGUAUCAGUCCCAAGAAUAUUGUGGAAGUACACCACUAAGAGGGUUUUAACAUCUGAAUUUGUGCAGGGUUGCAAAGUCAACGACAAGGAAGGAAUAAUUGGGAUGGGCUUGUCACCUGCUGAUGUCAAUUCAAAGCUUAUCAGAGGCUUCUGCGAACAGAUAUUCCAUUCAGGCUUUGUGCAUGGCGACCCUCACCCAGGAAACGUGUUUGUGCAGAAAGGUGAUGACGGUAGAGCCAAGCUUGUCUUCUUGGACCAUGGACUGUACCAGAAGCUAGACGACAGUCAUCGAAUGGCGUUAUGUGACUUUUGGAGAUGCCUCAUUGGCCAGGAUGAGGAAGGCAUGGCUGUCAACGCUGCCAAACUUGGAGUCCAAGAUAUCAAGACACUGGCAGAGAUAAUGACCCAGCGGCCCUACAAGCUGAGCUCCAGGUUGACGGAGAAAGAGUACAUGGCCCAGCAGGACUUUGACAAAAUCAUGACCGUACUGAGGCAGAUGCCUCAUUCCUUACUCCUCGUCAUCAGGAACUUGAACACGGUGCGUGCAAUAAACCAGGAGCUUGGCAUGUCUGUGGAUAGGUACACAGUGAUGGCUAGAUGUGCUGCUAGGCAGUCGUCGUCAAGCCUGUCACAACAGGGUCGCCUAUUUGGCAGGGUUAAAGGUUACUACCGUCAAAUCGUCUUGGAAUUAAGACUUUGCGGGACAUACCUCACCAACUUGGUCUACAUCUACAUGGCCCGCGUCCUCCGCAUCCUGGGCUGGAUGUCCACGGAGGCCGAGGAGCAGCUGACUGCCUCUCUCCAGUCUUGAGGCCAGGCUGCAGGGCUGGUGUCUUAGCAGGUCAGGUCUGCAUAGCACAGUCACAACAGGCAAGAUGAAGCGUUCAUUAUUUUGAACACGUCUGGAAAACGUCUGAGAUGGGGCACGAAACUGCUUAACCACUUGCUGCCGGGGAACCCUGUUUUGAGCACCAUGGGUUUAUAAGCAGAGCGAGGGUGCCCAAAAUG